GAACAACCGCCCAGUUGGCCAGAAAGUCAGCAACCAAAGCCAGAACCACCUGCGAAGGAACCUAUCCCUCAAAAACCCUCAGAUUCAAACGAAAUAUCGAAACCUAAACCUAAGCCGAAGCCGAAGCCGAAGCCGAAGCCGAAGCCGAAGCCAAAACCUAAGCCGAAACCAUCACAUCACGACGACAUCAUGACUAGCCAAGGCGGUUAUCGAUCUGUUGCUUAUUUUGUGAACUGGGGCAUCUACGGACGCAAGUACACACCUGACAAGAUUCCCGUAGAGAAGCUUACCCACAUUCUCUACGCCUUUGCCGACAAUAAUGAAGACGGCACCGUCAAGCUCACAGACACAUGGUCCGAUGUCGAGAUUCACUACCCGACCGACUCUUGGAACGACGUUGGCAACAAUCUCUACGGUAACAUGAAGCAACUCAAUAUCUUCAAGCGCCGCAACCGCAACUUAAAGGUCAUGCUGUCUAUCGGUGGAUGGACGUACGCCCACGAGCAGAAGCAUUUCGAUGGGCCUGCCGGGUCGCCCGAGGGCAGGAGGCAGUUCGCCAAAUCCUGUGUGGACCUCAUCCGAGACCUCGGAUUCGAUGGCAUCGAUAUCGACUGGGAGUAUCCACAGAACGAGGGACAGGGCGAGCAAUUGGUCCUAUUGUUGAAGGAGAUCAGGGCAGCAAUGGACGAGUAUGCAGAGGCCAUAGCAAACGCGGGCAACGAGAAGCCGUACUUUGAAUUGAGCAUUGCUGCUCCGGCUGGCAAGACCAAUUACGAUAAUCUUCCCCUUGGAAAGGUGGGAGAAGUGGUGGAUUUCAUUAAUCUUAUGGGCUACGAUUUCGCCGGAUCCUGGGACAAGACAUCAGGUCAUCAAGCCAACCUCUACGCCUCAUCAUCCUGUCCAUCCUGCACGCCUUUCAAUAUCGACAGUGUCAUAACUGAUUACACCGCGGAUGGAAUUCCUUCAGAUAAGAUCGUGCUCGGCAUGCCUCUCUACGGACGCGCCUUCACCAACACAAAAGGCCUUGGUCAGCCCUACGAAGGGGUCGGCGAGGGUUCGUGGGAGAAAGGUAUCUGGGAUUUCAAGGCGCUUCCCAAGGACGGGGCCCAGGAGAUGUACGACGAAGAGUCGGGUGCCAGUUACUCGUACGACGAGGGUACGCAGACACUGAUCAGCUACGACACUGCGGACAUGGCGAGGAAGAAGGUGGAUUAUAUCAAGAAUAAAGGUCUGGGAGGUGCUAUGUGGUGGGAGCUCAGCGGCGACCGAGAGGACGAGGGAAGCCUCAUCUCGACUGUGGUUGCGGAUCUCGGGACCUUGGAGGCCAAGCCUAACAAUAUCAACUACCCAGACUCUAAGUACGAAAACCUCAAGGCGGGAUUCCCUAACGACUCAUGAUGAAUUCCACUUUGAAUCAUUCAUGACUUCUGGACGCCUCUUGGCUUUCUUGCUUGCUUGGACCGGACCGACUAAUCGACCAAUCGUCCAGGAGGAAAGUAAUUUGCCCAAAGAGGGAGAUAUACAAACUGCAAGUCAGAACCACUAUU